AAGGUCCUUCCCAGCGAGUCGUUCCACAAGCGCAUCUAACUAAGCUAUCCUAUGAUGAUAUCAUAAAUAUUCUUGAUCCAUUAAUUGGUGAACCACCAGACCCACUUCGUAAAUCAAUAGUCAAUGUUCCGGACGGCCUUGCAAACAUUUCGACUUAUCUGAAGUUUGUAGACCGUGAAAAAGAUGUCAUUCAAUUAAUGAAGAAUAUGGAAGAUUUGUAUCGCCUCAUUAAAAAUCGCAACAACUAUUCAGAAUCCAAAAAGGAAAUAAGAUUCCCUACGGCUGUGGGGACGCCUGGAAAAGGAAAAACUACAUUUGCUCGGCGAGCAUAUGAAAAAUCAGGCAUUUAUUCUGGUGUUAUCAGUUCUGAUGUUAUGGAUGCGGUGGAAGAAUGUCAAGAAGCAGGUCGGACUUUCCGAGUCGUAUGUAAUGAUUUUUCAGUAGCAAUGCAUCCAAAUAUUGAGCAUGAGUCGCUUUUUGGAAAAGUUUUGCUAUAUGAAGCCUUGAAAUAUCGGUUGAAAAGUUUCACUCAUAAUAUGUUAAUCAACAUGUUGGAAGGAAAUAUUAACCUUGAAGAUAUUCUUAAAGUAAUUCUACAUUAUAUCCCAUGUCUGGAUGAGCAGAUUGAAUAUCCUCUCUUUAUUAUCAACAUCGAUGAAACAAAUGAGCUAUUUGAUUCAGGACAAGGUGGUCUCUGGCUUCGGGAAGUUCUUAGGUCUCUUUCAAGGGUCAUCACGAAUAAUGCAAAUAGGUAUUUUCUCUUUGUCGUCCUAUCAGGAACCCAUGCGAGUGAUCUGUUUGAAGCAGUUAAGUCAAGCAAUGCGAAAAUCGAAGAUAUAUCUUUACCACUACUAAAGUUCGAGCACGCUGAAGAGGUUUUGCUUGAGUUAGCCAACCGGGGGGUGGUUGAUGAAGCUAAAAG